GUCUGCCGAACUACACAUUGUCUGCCUAAACAGCACUUGGUCUUCUUCAGCAUCUUGCAUUGCGGUUGGCGUUGGAUUUGUACAGCCAUGGGUGGCCCUCCAGGAUCACAAGCAGUUCCGCUGCCCACCAAUCUACCAUUCCGCAUCGUCUCCAAGACAAUUGGUUCUGGCGCAUAUGCCUCCAUCCGCAAAGCCAUCCCACCACACUCCUCCGGGCCCGUCAUCGCCGUCAAGUUCAUCAACAAAGACCACGCCUUCCGCGCCGGACGACUCCGACCCCGCCAGCUUCAGAUCGAGCUCUCCCUCCAUGCCCACGUUUCUCCGCACCAAAACAUCAUUCGCUACAUCCGCCAUGGCGAAGAUCCCGCUUGGGUCUGGCUGGCACUCGAGCUCGCCGAAGGCGGCGACCUAUUCGACAAGAUUGAAGCCGACGCAGGAGUAGGCGAAGACGUGGCGCAUUUCUACUUUACUCAACUCAUAUCUGCGAUUGCAUGGUGUCACGGAAAAGGCGUCGCGCAUCGAGACAUCAAGCCCGAGAACAUGCUUUUGAGCGGAGAAGGUGAUCUCAAACUCGCGGAUUUUGGACUCGCGACGCAGUUUCUGGAACUCAAGAGUGGGAAACGGAAGACUUGCGGGAUGGUGUGUGGGAGUCCGCCGUAUAUUGCACCGGAGAUCAUCGAUGUGGGAAAACAAAAUCAGAAGAGAAAGAACCGGGAAGAGGAUAAGGUGGGAUACGACCCUGCUGUUGCAGAUGUGUGGUCUUGUGCCAUCGUGCUGUUUGUCUUAUUGGUGGGCAAUACGCCUUGGGACAGCCCUGUCAUGGAGGACAGUUACGAAUAUCACGAAUAUGUUACGACAAAAGGAAGGACCACGGAUGAACUAUGGGGGAACGUCCCUCCGGAGGCAUUGAGUUUGGUACGGGGCAUGUUGAACAUUGAGCCCGAGGGGAGGUUCUCGUUGGAGUCGGUGAGGAAGCAUCCUUGGUUUACGAGGAGUAAUCACCACUUGAACUCGAAGGGAAGAGCGAAGGAUCCGAUUGGUUUGGCCACCCAGAUGAUGGAGUCAUUGAAGGUGGACUUCUCAGCCGACGUGCAGAGCAGUCAGCGGAGGAGGCCUGGUACUGGAGGGCAGACUGCGGCAAGUCAAGGAGAUGCCAUGGAUGUCGACAGCAGACAGGACCCGAGAUGGGCCCAAUUCGCUUCGACACAGCCAGAGACGCCUUUGGGCGAUGCCUCCGCCUAUGACUGGGAAGCUCCGCCGCGAGUGGGCGCUGGAAAUGGAAUCUCGGCUUCACAACCACAGACGAACCACGACCGGACUGCAGCUGUGGCAGCGCAUACUUCGAUUGCGGCACGAAAUGGGCAGGUGAUGCCUACAGACCUUCACGACUUGUUCUCCGAGGACCCCUCGAUGAGUCAAUUCUCCGCAACUCCCUCCGUCCCUCUGACUCUCACGCAAGCUGCCCGGCAAUUCAAGGAUAUUGUGCCGUCGCACUCUCUCGCACGCUUUAUUUCUGUGCUCUCAUUCGGUCAGCUCCUGCCCAUGAUACUGGAUGCCCUUCAUCGGCUGAACAUCCCUGUUGCACCUCCUGCUGCCUCUGCAAUGGAGGGCAAGGAGGACAUGGUCAGCAUAUGGGUCAAGACACUGGAUGCGAAUAAGAUGCCGAUUCAAGGACAAGUCGUUGUAGAGAGGAUCCGUGUUGGUGGAACGGCAACUGGAGCUGGCGCUGUGGAAGUCCUGGAGACGAGAUUCCUUAAGCUGAAGGGUGAUCCCCUAGGCUGGAGAAGACUGUUCAAACAGGUGGCUGUACUUUGUAAAGAUGGCAUUGUCGGUGCUGGGCAGCAGUAGUGGAAGGGGAAUGUCGAAGGAUUGCAUGAUUAUCACGAUGAAGGGUUGCAAGAGGAUAGAACUGAACUCUUGGAUGGACAGUACUGCAUGUAGGAUAUGAUACCCGGGG